UGUGGAAGCGCUUGGUCUCAAGCGGUCCACCUUAAGCGCACAAGCAACGCAAGCGUACAGCAAGGUUUCCGUUUAUCAGCCGGGCUCGAAGUCGGACCGCGGAUCACGAAAAAAACGUCUGAACAAGGUUGACGCACUGAGGGAAAACAAACUAACCAUCCAAAAAAUGUCUGAAUACCGCGAAUGGAUAUUGGACACCAUUGACUCACUACGGUCUCGAAAAGCUAGACCAGACCUUGAAAGAAUUUGUCGAAUGGUCCGGAGACGACAUGGGUCGGAGCCAGAUCGAACCUGCGCGGAACUCGCUAGACUGAUCCAAGAGCAAACUGUGCUGAAAGUUAACUACAAGGGUUCAAUUUCGUAUCGAAAUGCAGCUAAGGUUCUCAGAAAAGGCAGGAAAAAGGACGAUAUUACAAUCAGGAGGACUAUGGUGGAAGACGCCAGCCACUCCGAUUUGAGCAACGGGGACAGCGCACUCGGUCCCAUUGACCAAGAUGAGACGGAGGAUUUUGAGGCUGAGGUGCCCAUGUCUGUGGACACAGACAGCACCGUGGAGGAGGAUGGAGCUGAGGGGAGCCAGGACGGCACCUCCCCCGACCCUGGGUGUAAGGACACCGCCACGCAGGGUGAUCUGGCCCACGCCCACUCUGCCCCCUGCUCCCCCUCCAGCUCCCGCCCUGGCACCAGCUCUGGGUCCGGGGGCUCUCCUGGCUGGAAGAGCUGCCGGCGGGCCAGCUCCCUGCCUCCCUCCAGCCCCCAGGCCCUGAGGCCGAAAGACUGUGCCUGUGGGCCGGCCUGCUGCCCUGCUGAGACUGUGACCCCAGGAAUGCCGAGAGACAAAGGGCCCUCAAAGACCUGUGUCCAGAAAACCUCAGCGAAGAGAGAGGAUGGGGAGAUAAAGGAGGAGUCUGCUCAAACCCUUAUCUCUGACCAGUUGGUUCCUGACUGUGUAGACACUCAGGUUGACGCCAAGACGGUUCCCAGUGGAAGACCCCAAACGCUGUCUCUGCCCUCGGAGAACUGUGCUGAAUAUAAGAAGAUGAUGGACGUCGCCUCUUAUGUCAUGGCCCAGGACAGUGUCAUGAACGGAGGGAAAAACGGAGAAAUCUCUCUAAAGGAGAAGAUGAGCCAGAACUUAUUGCAGUGGAGCGUGGCAGAUGUGGUGACGUACUUCUGUGCUGCAGGCUUUCCAGAGCAGGCUAUAGCUUUUCGAACACAGGAAAUUGAUGGGAAGUCCCUCCUCCUGAUGCAGCGCAGCGAUGUGCUGACUGGCUUGUCCAUCCGUCUUGGUCCCGCCCUAAAGAUCUAUGAGCGUCACGUGAAGGUUCUGCAGCGGACCCACUUCCUGGAUGAGGAGGAUCUCUGAUGAGACAGCACCUCACUCGAGGAGCACCUGCCUGCAUUCGACAUUCUCACAGUUCUCCCUGGAACCACUACUGAGUCCGCCGGGAGGUGAGGGGGGAGGAAACGGUGACUGCUGUCACGACGGGGGAUUGACACGGCCUCCAAGGUCAUCACCCUACCUCUGUCUCGUACCGGGCAAAACUCUUAUUUUCACCCAUUCUGGUGACCUUGUUCCUGUAGGAUCUGUCUUCUGUAAGGAAUAGGAAUCCUUGAUAUGGGUGUUCAAAGUGGAGAAGGUCUGACCUUGAUGAGGUUUGACCAGAUUCGCCAUGCUCUCUCUGGACCACAUAUGGACUUGAGAAAUGACUGCACACUGUAGUGCUGUCACCUGAAUACUGACAAGAUAAAUUAUAGUUUACGCUCAGUUGAUCAACUAAGGUACCAACAUCAUUUCAUUGUUUAUUCAGAGAUCACAUUUCAAGCCUCAUAAGUUCAACAAGACAUUUAUUUGUUGGACCUUUCCCCAGGUUUUUUCAGGCAAUGUCAGUUUUAUCUGAAAAUGAAUGUACAGUAUGCAAUUAGUCUUUCAUAUGGUCAGGCUCACCAGCAAAGACAGUUUAGUUUGUCUCCAGUGUUCCUCGUGGUCCCAGGAGCUACCAGUGUACCUUGUUACUGUUAAUCGUUUCACUGAUGUGUACUAAGCAAAAUAUGCAUACUUAAUAAGCAUCAGAGUAUGGAGUAUUUGUCUUGUUCCUUAUUUAGUCUCCUCAUAUUAUUUUAAAAUGUUGUGGAUGUAUUUUUCAACAUGCCUUCAAUGUAAACAUUUUAGCCUACCUUGAUGUUAGGGGGGAAAAUGCAUUACAUUAUUUUCAAGGAAAUAGAAAAAACUAUAUGUAUUUAGAAAGUGUUAUUGCGAUAUUAUCAUUAACUGUGUUUACAUUCUCAAUACAACGACAUACAAUGCCCUUUAAAUAUAUAAAUAACAGAAGAAAUGUAGUGCUCCAUGUUGCUAACCCGAUUUAAACUAGCUGGCUUUAACCUAGUGAAAAGCAGCCACCAAAAACGAACAUUCCAUCUGUAAUGUGUCUCAUGGUUCCUUGUUAAAUGUUAUGUAGGCACUCCUACCAGGGCCAAAAAUAAAGCUCUUGUCUCUUUUCCA